AUGUCACCCGUAGCCACCUUCGCGGGCGGCCUCGCGGCCGCCGCAUAUCUGGACGGCAAGUUCCUGAUUCGCCAUGAUUUGAAAGCUGCAUCGCUGCCAAAACCAAAGAAUGCAAUCAAGUUCGUCACUAAACGAUUCAUGGAGGGCAAGCCGCUUCUUUACCAUGUUUUCAAAGAACACGCCGAAGGUCCCAAUGCGGAUAUCUUGUUCUUGAUCUUUGAGGAUCGUUCAUGGACUUACAAGCAAUUCUUCGAGGGCAUCCACCGAGUUGGCAAUUGGCUGAUGAAUGACCUUGGUGUCAAGCCCGAGGAAAUAGUUGCUCUCGAUGGUGGCAAUAGCCCGGAGUAUCUCCUCCUCUGGUUUGGUCUCGAGUCUAUCCGGGCUGUUCCUGCCUACAUCAACUGCAACCUGACUGCUGGUCCGCUCACACAUAGCGUCAAGCUUUGCGAUGCAAGGUACCUCCUCGCAGACAAAGCCACGCAAGGCCUCGUCGCACCAUGCGAGGCCGACCUCAAAGCUGCCAAUGUCAGGAUCAUCUAUUACGAUGACCAAUUCAUCUCUGCUCUGUCUGACACAACCCCAAUUCCUCCCUCUCGGCAGAAAGGUGUCCGCCCAGACGAAGUAGGAGGCUUGAUCUAUACUUCUGGCACGACUGGAAUGCCGAAAGGUGUCAUUAUGGGACGUGCUCGAGAACUCACCACCGCUUGGGGCGUGUCCACCUACUUGGGGCUCAAACCGGGUAAUCGAAUGUAUACCGCCCUACCUCUUUACCACGGCGCCGGACACGGGCUGUGUGUGACGCCAUCGAUCUGGGCUGGCUCAACAGUCGUCCUCUCCCGCAAAUUCAGCCAUAAGACCUUUUGGCCUGAAGUCCGCAAGUCCCGCGCUGAUAUCCUCCAAUACGUCGGAGAGCUAUGUCGAUACCUUGUCAACGCUCCCCCGUCUCCCGAAGACAAAAACCACAACGUCAAAGUAGCAUGGGGGAACGGCAUGCGCCCAGACGUAUGGGAAGUCUUCCGCAACCGCUUCGGCAUUGACACGAUCAACGAGCUCUAUGCCGCAACCGACGGCCUCGGCUCCAGCUUCAACGCGAACCGCGGUGAGUUCGGCCGCAACGCCAUCGCCGUGCGCGGCCUCCUCUGGCGCCUGAUGAACAACGAGAUCGAGAAGCGUGUCCGCAUUGACAUCGACACGCAGGAAAUCCUGCGCGACUCUAACGGCUUCGCCAUCGAAUGCACCACCGACGAACCAGGCGAGGUCCUGCACCUCAUCCCGGACCCGGCCGCCGCUGAACAAAUGUUCCGCGGCUACUAUAACAACCGCGACGCGGGAUCGAAGCGUUUCAUCCGGAGCGUCUUCGCUAAGGACGAUAUGUGGUUCCGCUCCGGGGACAUGAUGCGGCAAGACCGCGACGGGCGCGUGUACUUCGUCGACCGGCUCGGCGACACGUUCCGCUGGCGCAGCGAGAACGUAUCGACCAACGAGGUUGGCGAUGUCAUGGGCGACUUCGACCAGAUCGCCGAAGCGAACGUCUAUGGCGUCCAGGUCCCGCACGCGGACGGCCGCGCCGGCUGCGCCGCCGUCGUCCCUGUUGAUGGUGUCACCGCCGACACGCUCGAUCUCGUCCGCCUCGCGGAGCACGCCAUCGCGACACUGCCCCGCUACGCCGUCCCGAUCUUCGUUCGCGUCGUGCCCCAGCUCGAGUAUACCGGCACGAUGAAGCUCCAGAAGGGCCGGCUCCGCAGUGAGGGCAUCGAUAUCCAGAAGAUCCAGGUGUCCAGCCCAGAAGAUCGUGUCUACUGGCUACCUCCCGGCGCCAAGCAAUACGUACCCUAUGGCCCGGCUGAGUGGGAGGAUGUCAAGUCUGGGCGCGUCAAGCUUUGA